UCUCUCACUCUCUCUCUCUCUCUCUCUCUCUCUCUCUUGGAGGUGUGGCAAGUGAAUAGAAGUGAAACGAGUAAUUAAUGGCGAGUCAUCCGGUCAUUCGGCACAUCUCAAGAUGCUCCAUCAAACCAGAGAGCUUGUCAGACGAAUCAAAAGAGCCUUUACACUUGAACCCAUGGGAUCUCUCCUUGCUCAACGCACAUUACAUCCAAAAGGGUCUUCUCUUUUCAAAACCUUCCCCAACCAAAGACCCUUCCUUUACCAUCAUCGACCACCUUAAGGAUUCCCUUUCCCGCACCCUUGUCCACUUCCUUCCCCUGGCCGGCCAUCUCGUCACCCAUAAACAAGACGACCCCCCUUCUUACUCUAUAUCUCUGGAUUGUAACAACCCUGGAGUUGAUUUUGUCCACGCUGUUGCAGAUGUUACCAUGGCAGACAUCCUCUCCUCUGUCGAUGUUCCCCCCAUUGUUAAAUCAUUCUUUCUGUUAGACAGAGCUAUCAACCACGAUGGUCACAACUUGCCUUUGCUGGCCGUGCAGGUGACGGAGUUUCUAGAUGGAAUCUUCAUCGCAUGCUCUUUCGACCACAUCGUCGGUGACGGCACUUCCUACUGGCAUUUCUUCAAUACAUGGGCCGAGAUAUGCAGGAUGAUGGUCAAAGGAAACCAUGAUUAUGAUCACAUCUCGCGCCCACCAAUCCUCAGACGCUGGUUUCUCGAUGGCCAGAGACCCAUAAUCAACUUACCUUUCUCUCACCAUGAUGAGUUCAUUGACAGGUACAGCCCACCCGAGGUGCUAAGAGAGAGAUUUUUCCAUUUCUCAUCACAAUCCAUUGCGAGACUCAAAGCUAAGGCCAACGCUGAGUGCAACACCACCACCAUAUCCUCCUUUCAGGCUUUGUCAUCAUUUGUGUGGAGAUCUGUGACACGGGCACGCUGUCAUCUACUCAGUCAGCUGCAGACAACGACUUGCAGGUUAGCCAUCAAUAAUAGAUCAAGACUGAACCCACCAUUAUCCACUGACUACUUUGGAAACUGCGUUGAAACUGCUAGCGCAACUGCCAGUGUUGGAGAAUUGCUCAGCCAUGGAAUUGGGUGGGGAGCAUGGCUAUUGCACGAGGCUGUGAAUGACCACACUGACAGUAAGGUGAGGGGUAAGCUGGAGGUGUGGACAAAGAGUCCUAUCAUUUACCAAUAUUGCAAUUUCAUUGAUCCCUGCACCGUCCUAAUGGGAAGUUCACCUAGAUUCAACAUGUAUGGGUGCGACUUUGGGUGGGGAAAGGCAGAGGCUGUUCGGAGUGGGUCUGCAAACAAGUUCGAUGGGAAAGUGUCUUCAUACCCAGGGCGCCAAGGAAGAGGAAGUGUGGACUUGGAGGUGAGUCUUCCGCCAGAGUCUAUGAAUGCUCUCGAGUCCGACCCAGAGUUUCUGGUUGCAGUGUCGCCUUCCCACCAGCACCAAUAAAUCACCAACUUGUAGUAUCACGUCCCGUGCAAUUACAUUUAAAAUCAUUUCUAUGCCAAUUUCCAUAAAAACAAGUUCCAUGCCC